AAUUUUCAUCCCGCAGAAACGGACUUUGAGGAAGUAGGCAGUCAACCGCUAGAGUCGACUUCGACUAGUCUUCCCGAUGUCCCCAUAGGACCUGGCCAGGUACGAGUUCUGGCGCUGCAGGAGUCAGGUGUUCCCACCAGCACCAGCUACGGCCGCCUCCUUACUCCGUUCCCCGAGCUUCGCUCCUUCACCGUCUGCUACAGGAUCCGGCUUAACAGGUUUCGGGAGGAGUCCACGGUGAUGUCCUACGCUGUCUCAGAUGACAAGGACAACGAGCUCAGGAUGGACCACCAGGUGAUGGGCUUGAAGGUGACUCUACACAGCAAGUGGGCACUAACAACGCUGCAGACACCCAUCGGCUCGUGGGCACACUUCUGCUUCCUCUAUCGCUUCCUCACUGGGGAAUGGAACAUCUUCCAGGACGGUGAGCUUCGCGCACACGGCACCUUUCCCAUUACUGACACACCUCUCUUAGGGAAUGGCGUCUACAUAAUAGGGCAGGAGCAGGAUUCCAUGGGCGGAGGUUUCCAGCGAGACCAGUGCUUCAGUGGCGAGAUCACUGAGCUUAACUUCUGGGACACUGAGCUUUCUAACCAUACCAUUAAAAGGGAACUCCUAUUGUUGGGGAAUUGGGCAGUGCCCCAGAACGAAGAGGAGAACUCCCUUAUAUACCUGUCAACUCAGAAGUGGGCAGAGAAUUGCUCAGGACAGCUUGGGGCAUCGUAUAUGUGGCUAGGGGCCAAUGAUAAUAAGAUUGAAAAUAAAUGGGUUUACUGGGGCUCUGGAGAACCCAUACCCAAGCAAGGUGUCUGGCGUGGCAAGGGACCUAAUGGUGGCACUGUCGAGAACUGCCUGGUGAUGUUAUAUGGUUACUUUCAGGGAGAAUGGUCAGAUAUUGCCUGCCUUGAGACCUAUGCUUUCUGUGCUGUGUGUGAGAUGGAGAACAAUCAGGUUAUGUACCUAAAGGGCCCAGCUGUGUGCAAAGACUCACCUUUCGAUAUUCAGUAUGUGUCUGGGAAUGAAAGAGGAGGCCGCAUCUCUCUAAAAGGAUUCUAUCACUCUGAUAUCUUCUGGGAUGUUGAAAAUAGAACCUGGGUCCUUCAGUCACUAAAGGUAAAAGGUGCUGUGGCAUGGUGGACUCCAAUGCAUUCUGGUCUUUAUCCUUUUGGUACCAACACGUGGAGGCUGGGCGCUGAUGUUUGUAACAUACAAGCUGGACACACUGUAAACCUGACACUGUCAGUAUGCGGGUCAGGAAUGUUUACCUGCAGCUCUGGGACUUGUAUUAGUCUAUAUAAACGCUGUGACUUGAAUGUGGAUUGUCCCGACCAGAGUGACGAAGCCGAGUGCUCGCUGGUAGAUAUACCAUCAGGAUACAGCAUCACUCUUCCUCCACCACCAAUUGAUCAACAAAACGUUUUGCCUAUCUAUUUCACAAUCAAUAUCUUAUCAUUCACCUCUAUAAACACAGAAGACCUUGCUAUCGUCACCGCAUUUGAGCUAAAGAUGCGCUGGAAGGAUCCCAGACUCAAAUAUUUAAAUCUCAAGGAGGACCGUUCCUUAAAUGUUCUUUCAAGUGUGUCCGUGUCUAGAAUCUGGACUCCUCAAGUGUUCUUCAGCAAUGCCAGAGGCAACGUAUUUUCCAACCUAGACCAAGGCUCUAGGGUUGAGUGUAUUCAAGAAGGCAUGUCAGUGACUGGAGGCCCUCACCUCUCAGAAGAAAUGAACAUCUUCUCCGGAUGGGAAAACAGUCUCGAGCUGAGUCAACUGUACAGUGUUACAUACAGCUGUGACUUUAACCUCAUUAUGUUCCCAUUCGACGCCCAGGUGUGCACCAUGAGCUUCCGACUGGUAUCAGCCUCGGCCACACACAUGACUCUCAUUCCUCAACAACCUAACUACACCGGCCUCAUCAACUUGGUGGAAUACUCAAUAGGCGAGGUAUCCAUAACGUCGACGAAGGAUGAGCAGUUCUCCAGUGUGGCGGUCCAGGUGAGAUUUGCUCGUCGCUACGGCUUCUACCUGCUCACUCUCUACAUCCCCACCGUUCUUCUUAUCUUCAUCGCCUACGCUACUUUCUUCUUCAACCCUGAUGACUUCAACUCUCGCAUCACUGUGUGUCUCACGGCUCUCCUCGUGCUGGCAUCACUCUACACACAGACAUCUAAUUCGUUGCCCAAGACGUCGUACUUUAAGUUGGUUGAUGUCUGGCUCUUCUUCUCCAUAGUGAUAAUGUUCAUCAUUGUGAUGCUGCAGACUCAUAUAGACUUCUCCAGACAAAAAUGUUUUGAUGAUAAUAGCAAAUUUGUUACAUAUUUCAGAAAUAUAUACACGUGUUACAGCAAAAUUGCAAAAAAGUUAAGAAAUGCAAGCGAGUCGACAUCUGUCAAAGAUUAUAAUCCGAACGCCAGCAUCCAAAUUAGAGUGAGGAGCCUCGAGGAGCGUGAAGACAGUGUUCCCACACCCCAGACAGGAAGAUGGAUGAGUGACAGUAAGGGGUCACCCGCGGAGCAGGGAGAGUGUGACGUAGGGCAAAGAGUACCAAAAUACCACCGAGCUAUACGGAGGCAAAACUGGGCAAAUAACCCUGACGUUAACAUGCCUCUCAUGGAGAAAAGCAGAAUCUGGAUUCUUAUUAUCUUCAUGAUAUUCAACUUGGCUUAUUGGGGCGCUGUUCUCAGGUAUGUUAUUUGUUUUCAGAAAGGAACUAUGAGGCGUUUAACCUGUAAAACUGACUUCUUUCGCCUGUUGCACAGGAGAGACGGCUCAGUCAAAUUGAACAAGAAAAUGUCCAAAAAGCGCACCUACACUGACGUCUUUCUUCGCCAUGGCUUUGUGAAUUUAACUUCUGGUGGAGAGGAUCGGCCACAAUGUGUGGCAUGUCACAAAGUGUUGACAAAUGAAAGCCUCAAGCCAUCAAAACUCUCAGCUCACCUCCAGAAGUGCCAUCCAAAUCUUCAAAAUAAGGAUCAGGCUUAUUUUCAGCGCCAGGCUGUAGCACUGAAGAAUAACCAGUUCGGCUCAUCUGGAAUUCAAGCCCAAAAGCUUCAAGCUGCGGUCGAAGCAUCCUACUGUGUUGCAUAUAAAAUUGCCGAACAACAGAAAUGCCACACCAUUGCAGAGAAUCUGAUUAUGCCUUGUGCAUACGAGAUGGUAAGCAAGGUAUGUGGGGAGGAUCAAGCGAAGAAACUGAGUGUCAUAUCUCUAUCAAACAACACCAUCCGCCGACGAGUCGAUGACAUGGCAUCAGAUAUCCUGUCCCAAGUUACAACAGAGAUCAAGGAAAGCUCAUAUGGCAAAUUCUCCUUGCAAUUUGAUGAAUCGUGUGACAUAGCCAGUUGUGCUGUUCUCCUUGGGUUCGUCCGUUACGUCCACCAGGACAAGAUCAAAGAAGAGUUCCUAUUAUGCGAGGAUCUGCUGACAACCACAAAGGGAGAAGAUGUCUUCAAUAUCAUCAACAGUUUCUUUACCAAGAAUGGAUUGGAUUGGAACAGCGUUCAACAGGAUAUAUUCACCGACCGAGAAACAAUGCUACACUGGCUGAGAAUGGUGUGGGAGGCGGCUUUGUCUGCACGCUCGGCACUGGACAGGAUCCGUACAAUCGACGAAAACGGAGUAAAAAAUAAACGAGAAAAGUCGGCCAAAACCAAAAUUGGCGAUAAUGGAGAUCGAAAAAAUGGAGGGUCCACUGUACAUAUUCUCUAUGUCACCAGUGUGAUUUGCAAAAUGUAUUGA